GCGUGGAACUGCCCCCGCAUGACACCCACUUCCCACGGAGAUGUGACUCCAGCGUGACCAUUUGUGCUCCACAGGUUGGGGGUUUAACUGCUGGUGAGACGCUGGGUUUGACGUGACGUUCACCCCCCGCCCCCCCGAACCCCAGUCGAUGGGAGGUCGACGUCACCCUUCCAGCGGAGGAGUGGAUGGCUUCUGUAAUAAAAAUACAUGAGGAGAAUUGAGGAAAGUAGAAGAUUGGAGGGAACGGAGCACCGCAUGUCCCCUUCAGUGCCUGUGGGAGAACCGAGGACAUGGACGCCCCUCUGAGACCAACUAGGAUACAUUUUUGCAGCGGUUAAAAUAGUUUUUUUGCUCUAUUUUCUUGAAGCGGACAGAGAUAACAGUAUCCCAGCAUAGCGGGUUGGAGUGAAAGUCCGCCAUAUUCUGCCUUACCACGCCCGGGAGUCGAGCCACUGGAAAAAUAUAGAGACGGCUCAGUCAGUCAGUGUGUUUUUCUCGCCGCCCUCCUCCGCUAACUUGGGAGCGGGAGGUGUGUGUGUGUUUUUUUUGUCAUUUUUUUUCGACUGAAAAUCCAUAUUGGAGAGGAGGCCGGCGGACUACAACAUUUCUCGAGAUCUCGCGGCGGAGGUGUCUUAAAAGAAUCUGUUGCUCAUAUCGAGACGGAAAAGGCAGAUUGCUGCCGAGAGGAGGGAGGGAAACGGGGAAGGGGGGGCGGCGGUCUCUGCGUUCUCAAAUAUUGAAUCCGUCUCCAGCCCAAUUUUCCCCCCUUUUUUUCUGGACUUUUUACAGAGACUCCCUAACAGGGGCGCUAACAGUCGCAGGCCUUUAUGAGGACGUUAUUCGGCAUUCACAGGCCCGUUGAGUCCCCCCCUGACGAAUGUGAAAUCUGGAUGAGUCAGUAAGAGGGUGGGAGGUGGGGGGGAAGCGGAAAAGUGCGCGUUUCAAAGGGGGGCGAGUAUGACCCUGGAAUCCAUAAUGGCGUGCUGCCUCAGCGAGGAGGCCAAAGAAGCCCGGCGGAUCAACGACGAGAUCGAAAGGCAGCUCCGCCGGGAUAAGAGGGACGCGCGCCGGGAGCUGAAACUGUUGCUGCUCGGAACUGGAGAAAGUGGGAAGAGUACAUUCAUUAAACAGAUGAGGAUCAUCCAUGGUGCUGGCUACUCCGAUGAGGACAAAAGAGGUUUCACCAAACUGGUUUAUCAGAACAUCUUCACCUCCAUGCAGGCCAUGAUCCGCGCCAUGGAGACGCUGAAGAUCCCAUACAAAUAUGAGCACAACAAGGCUAAUGCCAACAUUGUGAAAGAAGUGGACGUGGAAGUGGUCACCGUGUUCCAAAACCCUUACGUAGAUGCAAUCAAGAGCCUAUGGAACGACCCGGGCAUCCAGGAGUCCUACGACCGAAGGAGGGAGUACCAACUCUCAGACUCCACCAAGUACUAUCUGAACGCACUGGACCGGAUCGCCGAGUCAUCCUAUCUACCCACCCAGCAAGACGUGCUGCGGGUUCGAGUUCCUACCACAGGCAUUAUUGAAUAUCCUUUUGAUCUUCAGAGUGUCAUAUUCAGGAUGGUAGAUGUGGGAGGUCAGAGGUCAGAGAGGAGGAAGUGGAUCCACUGCUUCGAGAACGUCACCUCCAUCAUGUUCCUGGUUGCUCUCAGCGAGUACGACCAGGUUUUGGUGGAAUCCGACAACGAGAAUCGGAUGGAGGAGAGCAAAGCUCUGUUUAGGACAAUAAUCACCUACCCCUGGUUCCAAAACUCCUCCGUCAUUCUGUUCCUCAACAAGAAGGACCUGCUGGAGGAGAAGAUCAUGUACUCGCAUCUGGUGGACUACUUCCCAGAGUAUGAUGGUCCACAGAGGGACGCCCAAGCAGCUCGCGAGUUCAUCCUGAAGAUGUUCGUGGACCUGAAUCCCAGCGACACUGUCAUCUACUCCCACUUCACCUGCGCCACAGACACCGAAAACAUCCGUUUUGUCUUUGCCGCCGUCAAAGACACCAUCCUGCAGCUGAACCUGAAGGAGUACAACCUGGUGUAAAAGAAAAACAGCGUAUAACACACCCUGACUGACAGACUGUGACAGGAAGACACCAUCAAAUACUCUAGAUGAAAACCUUACGCUUGAGUUUUACUAAUUUAUUUGCCAUUAGACUUCUUGGUCCCUAAGGGGGGAGCAGCAUUGAGUUUUCUUUUGCUAUUUGAGAAGUUGAUGGGAAAUGAA